AUGUCUACUGCGGUUGAUAAACCAUAUACCCACGAGAGCGGAAUUCGUCCAUAUUUCGAACAACAGAUUCAAGACACCGAAAUUGAAAUACAACAAACCACUCAGAAUCUACGCAGACUUGAAGCGCAACGUAAUAAGCUUAACAAUAGCGUAAGGCAGUUAAAGGAUGAGUUGAGGUUGCUUCAAGAACCCGGCUCGUAUGUUGGCGAGGUAAUUAAAGUAAUGGGUACAAAGAAAGUCUUGGUCAAGAUCCAUCCUGAAGGAAAAUACAUCGUCAAUGUCACGAAAGACGUUGACAUCAAGAAAUUGACUCCGUCGAUAAGAGUGUGCCUCAAAGCUGAUAGCCAUGAUUUGUACAAGAUUUUGCCCAAUAAAGUCGACCCAUUGGUAUCCUUGAUGAUGGUGGAAAAGGUUCCUGAUUCCACUUAUGAUAUGGUGGGAGGAUUGGACAAGCAGAUCAAGGAGAUCAAAGAAGUCAUUGAAUUACCAGUCAAGUAUCCAGAAUUAUUCUCAAGUUUGGGAAUAGCACAGCCCAAGGGUGUCAUUUUGUACGGUCCACCGGGAACUGGAAAGACCUUGUUGGCACGAGCAGUGGCCCACCACACUGAUUGUAAAUUCAUUCGUGUUUCAGGGUCAGAGUUGGUACAAAAGUAUAUUGGUGAGGGUUCUAGGAUGGUGAGGGAGUUGUUCGUUAUGGCAAGAGAGCAUGCUCCAUCGAUUAUUUUUAUGGACGAGAUUGAUUCUAUUGGGUCUUCAAGGGUGGAAGGCUCGUCUGGAGGAGACUCUGAAGUUCAGAGAACUAUGUUGGAGUUGUUGAAUCAAUUAGAUGGGUUUGAGAGCUCAAAAGAUAUUAAGAUCAUUAUGGCUACGAACAGGCUAGAUAUUUUGGAUCCGGCUCUUUUGCGUCCAGGAAGAAUCGAUAGAAAAAUCGAGUUUCCUGCCCCUACUUUGCAAGCUAGAACAGACAUCUUGAGAAUUCACUCAAGGUCGAUGAACUUGACUAGAGGGAUCAAUUUGAAAAAAAUUGCGGAAAAGAUGAAUGGAUGUUCAGGUGCCGACGUCAAGGGUGUUUGUACUGAGGCUGGUAUGUACGCGCUCAGAGAGAGAAGGAUACACGUUACGCAGGAAGAUUUCGAAUUGGCAGUGGCGAAGGUGAUGUCCAAGAAUGAUGAGGGUACAGUUUCACUUCAAAAGUUGUUCAAGUAG